AUGCCUGGACGGUCUCAGACCGGCACAAAGCAUCCGUUCCUAAAAUUGCAUCCGUCACCCUCGAACAGCGGCGAAUACGCAAAUAGCAUCGUCAACAGUUUUCGAUCGUGCUCUCGUUCUGUGACUCGCCAAGAAAGCCUCGCUGAACGAAAGUAUUUGCAAGGGAACACUCCCUCUGACGAAAAGCGGCGCAACUGUGAGGUGCUUGCAGGUCGCAUCGGCAAGAAGGCCACGAUCCACGCUCCUACCGCUUCAUCGCUUGACCUCUUGGACGGACGCCCACACGUGCAGUUUGAGCAGAAGAAUACGUGGAGAAUGGUCGACUCUUCCGCCAUCGUUCGCCGGGCCCACCCCAUCACCUUCGGCCUCUUUGUCUUUGUCUCGUUCAUUGUCGCUGUGAUCGCCUCCACGUUGGUCGCUGACUACAACAGCCACAACAAUGCUCCAACCAUGGGUAUCAACAACGCAACUCGCUUCCUCCUCUUUGCCGGUCACGGUGUUGCCAUCUUCCUCACCUGGAUCUUCUACCUCGCUGGUGCCGCUGCUCUUACCGACCGCACCGGCGGCUCGUUCAACUGCGCCGACAAGGGCUACCCCUUCCCUUACUGCAACUCGACCAAGGCACUCAUGGCAUUCGCCUGGAUCGGCUGGAUCAUCCUCACCUUGAUGCUCGCCGGCGUCGCUGCUAUCGGCGCCGGUGCUUUCCGCGGUGGCCGAUCCGUCAAGGAGUCGCUCGCAUAA